AUGCAAACCGUACUAAGCUCUGGAAGCUACUACCAUAACCCAGCUGUCCCUGGUGACCGACACAUCUUAUGUAACGGAUUCAACGAGUUUAUAUCGCUGAUCACGAGCUUCACCACUUUGCCUGGGGAAAUUACAACUUUACCGGGCCAAAUCACCACACUCCUGGCUUCAACCAUAACGCUACCGGCUCAGACAACUACACUUUCGGGCCAAAUAACCACACUGCCUGCCUCAACCAUCACCUUGCCUGGUCAAAUCACAACUCUACCAGGUGCAAUUAUUAGCUUCACCGCCUCAGGCGAAAUCACAACAUUACCGGGGCAGAUAACGACUUUGGCUGGCUCAGUCAGUACCCGGACAUUACCUGGUCUUGUAACGACCCUUGCUGGAACCGUUUGUACAAUUCUAGGGCCGUACCCAACUAUCACCAUUUCAGGUGCCACAUCUGUUUCUAUGUCGAAGCUUCCUGAACAUGUAACGACUCUUUCCGGCCAAAUUGUGACUUUACCCGGGGCCACCUCCUUGUCCACAAUCCCAGGAAUUGUCUCGACGAUCGCGGGCCCUCCUGGACCAACACUGACCUUACCUCCAGUUCUCAGCACAACACUAAUCCCUGGAUCGACUAUUAUAAAUCCUGGGCCAUCUGUAACGGCAAGUAGUUUAGUCAUUUGCCCAAAGCCUACAAACCUUCCAGGCGUGGCUGUAACUCCACAAGACAAAGGACCAAAUGCGCUGUGGGGCUGUUCUCCAGGCUACGUUUGUAACGUCCCGAAGCCAGCUGGCUGUGACAUUUUCGCUGAUCCGCCUGACUACGACUAUCUCUGCGAUGCUAAAUACUGUAUCCCAAGCCCUUUAUUCCCUGUGGUGACCUGGCCGAAAGGAGAAACGGCAUACUAUCCACUAACAGAGGGUUACUUCAACCUCAACCCGCAGGCCUUCGGACUCGAUUUCACAAUUUUUGUAACGAACGUGGUAGUUAUCACGGUAGCCGGGAAAUACGGAAAUCUGGAAACGAUCACGGAAGCCGGCCAAUACAGCUCGCAAUCUUCAGCCUACACACCGAUAAAUUCCGCCCACGCGCACUGGAAGAAAUCUCGCGAAGAACACGUCCAAGCCAGAGAGGCGUGGGUCCAAGCCCGCGACACCCUUCAUCUACUCAAGCGAGACGCUUCCGUUGCCCCCGCUGUUUGUUUCGCGCAAUGCAACAACUGCUACAUCGAAGCGCAAUCCGUUGGCAAGUCCCCUGCCCUCUGCGCCGCCGACUCCGCUUUCCGCUCCUACUACGAAGGCUGCCAGUCCUGCGUCGCAUCCAACUCGGCCACCCCUGAAGAAUCUCUUGCGGUGUAUGUCGAGCCAAAAUUUGCGGAAUUCACGGGUUACUGUGACGCGCAAGCUCCUCCCAUUCCUGUAUUAGAUGGCUCGUUCACGAGUACGGUGCCCGUCACACGAACGGAAACUCCGUUACCGGUCACAGUGAGUGUGGUUUGGCACGGCUUCUACCCAAACCUCUACCUCCACACCUCCUCUUGCAUCCCUAAGCUCAGCAUCAAGUGGCCCAGAGACAUCGCCCAGCACGACACGCAGCCCGCCACUAACGACUUUCGGACCUGA